AUGGUGGCUAAACUACAAGCAGCAUCCCAAAAUGAUCCUUAUCCUAAUCCUCAAUUCUAUCGUAGCGUUGUGGGUAGUCUACAGCAUCUUACAUUUACUAGACCCGACAUAUGCUAUAGUGUUAACUAUGCCUGCCAAUACAUGAAAAACCCAACAAAUUUUCAUUUCCAACUUGUUAAACGAAUAUUACGGUAUAUUCAUGGUACUAUUAAUCAUGGUUUGCGAUUGUUAUCUAACAAUCCUAUGGUCUUAUAUGGGUUCUCUGAUGCGGAUUGGGCUGCAUGCCCCACCACUCGACGAUCCACUACCGGUUAUUGCACAUUCCUUGGUAGCAAUUAUUUCUCUUGGAAUGCCAAAAAGCAACCCACUAUUGCCCGGUCUAGUGCUGAAUCAGAGUAUCGUGCUCUUGCAUCCACUGCGGCUGAAUUAACUUGGAUUACAUUCAUCUUGCAGGACAUUGGUGCCUAUCUACAUGAAGCGCCGAUGUUGUUUUGUGACAAUAUUUCUGCCCUUCACAUGACAAUCAAUCUCGUCUUCCAUGCCCGAACGAAGCACGUUGAAAUCGACUAUCAUAAUUUGUUCGAGAAAAGGUAG